GCUAAUGAUGAUGAUGAUGAUGAUGAUGAUGAUGAUGAUGAUGAUGAUGAUGAUGAUGAUGAUGAUGAGAGUGACAAAGAAAUGAACAUAUCAUGGGAAGUGAAUUCCAACAUUGAAAACAUUUCAGACUCUGAUAUUUCUAGUGACGAUCAAGAGGAUGCAAGUGUAACUGGCCGUGCAUUUAUACAACUGGAGAUUUUGCAGAAAAAAAUUAACCAGGCUGCUGUAUGUAGUACUUGCAAAACUGGAGAAUUAAAUGUCAUUGAUACAAGUGAAAACAACAAAAGUGGACUAUGCUUGAAAUUAGCAUUGACAUGUAAUGAGUGUAAUUCAAAUACAGUGUUUGAUACUGACGGAAAGGGAAACUUUGAAUAUAGUAAAAUACACAAUGUGAACCGUCUUUCAGUUUUAGCAAUGCGCAUGAUGGGCAAAUCUAGAAAUGCACUUCUAAAAUUCUGUUCCAUACUUGAUCUACCAAGUCCAGUAAAUUAUGGACCCUACAAAAAGCAUACGGAGACGUGGAAAGAAAUUGCCACUGAAAUAAUUGAGGAAAAUCUGUCUGAAGCAGCUGAGGAAAUUCAGCAAUUGAAAAGAAAGUCCGGUUGGGAUGGAAAUGGAGAUUGUAAAUGUUCCGUUUCUGUAGAUGGAUCAUGGGCACAUGUCGGAUAUAGUUCUAGAUUUGGCUUUGUAAGCGUUAUUUCUGUUGACACAGGAAAGGUGUUAGAUUAUGUGACAUUAUCAAAUGAAUGCAAGUCAUGUAAGAAAUGGGAAAGAGAAGGAAAAACUCACACUAGGGAUUUUUUGCAAUGGUUUGUUGAACACGAGAAAGAUUGCACAUUGAACCAUGAUGGAUCAGCUAAGACAAUGGAGGCACAAGGUGCUGUAAUACUUUUCCGGCGCUCAGUAGAAAAGCACAGUCUUCAAUAUACAACAUAUGUCGGUGAUGGUGACAGUUCAGCCUAUGGAAAUGUAGUAGAUUCUAGACCGUAUGGCCCUAACAUAAUAAUUGCAAAAGAGGACUGUGUUGGACAUAUACAAGGGCGAAUGGGCAAACACCUUAGGCGGCUAGUUGAUCAGUAUAAAGGAAGAAAACUUGAAGAUGGAAAGCAACUUACAGGCAAAGGUCGACUUACAAACAAAUUGAUGAACAGUUUCCAAACCUUUUACGGGAUGGCAAUAAGAAACAACAAGGGUAAUGUAAAUGCAAUGAGACAAAAUGUAAUGGCUAUAUUAUUUCAUUAUGCCAGCACAGGAGAAACUCCUAUGCAUCACUUUUGUCCUGAAGGAGAUACUUCUUGGUGUAAAUGGCAAGUUGACAAAAACCGUGGAUCAUCAACCUACCGACCACUCAAAAAUCCAUUAUCUGAAGUUGUAGUCCAAAUACUAAAACCAGUUUUCGAAAAACUGUCUGAUGAAAAACUGCUUUCCGGCGCUGAGAAAUGUUUGACUCAAAAUCAAAAUGAAUCACUUCAUCAUGUUAUUUGGAGCUAUUUGCCAAAAGGAGAAUAUCAUAGUGCAGGGGAAAUUCAGCUUGGUACAGCACUAGCCGUGGGACAUUUCAAUAGUGGUAUGGAAAAUUUUAAUACUAAACUUUUUGAAAAGGCAAAUAUCAGUGUAGGGGACAAUAAUAAGCGGUUGUGGAUUAACAUUGAUUCUUCCAGAAUUCGACAUUCUUUGUACAAAGCAAGUGAGAAGGGAAAGAAACGGAGAAAACAAUUGAAAGCUAUGGAAGCACAACACCAAGAUACACUCCAAUAUGAUGACAGUUAUGCCAAAGACAAGUACUAUAAAUCUAGUACUUCAGACAAUCCAAGUGAAAAGGGGAAGAGACAGCCUAAAUGCAAAACAUGUGGAAAACCCAUGAAAGGCCACAAAAAACAAACUCGCCAAAGAAAUCAAAUUCAAUGA